GUCCAUUCGUUCUAACCCCAACUUCAACGGCCAUAAACUACCGCCGGCCAAACAACAAAAUCAACCAAUCAAAACUAAUAUCCCAAGCAGAUAAAACUCAAUUAAUGCCAUUCCACCACCCAAAGUUUCACACACACCACUGUGUGCUCCGGAUUCUGCUGUAAGCUGUGAAGUUGGUUUUCAUGGCGGAAACCAAUAGAUAUGAAGGCACCGUUAAGUGGUUCAGUGGACAAAAAGGUUUUGGAUUUAUUGCUCCGGCCGAUGACAGUGGUGAAGAUCUCUUUGUCCACCAGUCUGAGAUCAAAAUGGAAGGAUUUCGGUUUCUUAGAGAUGGACAAAGGGUAGAAUUUUCUGUGGAUUCCGGUGGAGAUGGGAGGAAGAAGGCGGUGGACGUGAUGGGUCUUGCUAGGACUAGACCCUAUUCACCAGGGUUGAGGCGUGGGGGUCGUGGGAGAAGGGGUGGUUAUGGAGGUAACAGAGGAGGAUUUGGUGGUGGAGGAGAUAGUGUGAGAGGUGGUGGGAGGUUUGGACGCGGCGGCAGUGGUGGUGAUGAUGAAGGAAGAGAUGGUGGUCCGGAGUGUUAUAAUUGUGGACGUGUUGGUCAUUUUGCAAGGAACUGUUUCCAGGGAGGCGAUCGUGGCGAUGGUAAUGAAGACUAUGACAAUGAUCAAGGUGGUGCUGGUGGAGGCCGUGGCGGCGGUGGUGUUGGUGGUCGUGGCGGUGGUCGUCGUGGUGGCCGGAGUAAAGCAUGUUACCAUUGUGGAGAAGAAGGACAUUUUGCAAGAGAAUGCCCGAAUGACCAAGAUUGAUAACAUUGAUUAACUGUAUACUUUUUUCUUUACACUACUUUUGCUAUUUUUCUUGUGUUGGUGUAUUUUUAUUUUUUAUACAACAAACGAAUCCUCUUAAGCAAAAUAAA